UUCAUUGAAAAUGCUCCCUGUCGCUUAAGAAGAACUCACUGAGGCAGCCUGCCAUCUAGCUUUUUCACAGCAAAAUAGGCUUGCAGACUGCAGAUGAGAGACUCGGGAGCAGAGACAAUUUUAACCUAGCCAUCCCUAAUUUAUCUCAAGCUUUUUCAAUUCAUCUUCACUGCUCUAUGCACACUGGAACACCAGAUUGUCAACCCCUGGGAACAGAAUGCAAGCAGGGAUCUAGAGAGCUGUCACCUCCUGAGAAAUAUUUAAAUUGUGCUGAUUUUCUUCUGGAGUGCUGAGCAGAGGGAAUGAAACUCUCCAUCAAGUCAUAGCUGUGCGGGCGAUAGAUCAGAGGAUACUGCCAGUUUUUCUAAUGGAUUAUUGUUGUCGGGCAGGUUCUUCCUGAAGAUUUAUUUCCUGAAUACUUUUCCUGAAGUUGAGUAGUUUCAGUCUGCCAUCUAAAGAAGUACUGUUCAUGACAAAUAUAUACUCAAAAGAGAAAUAAUCCUGCUGCACCAAGCAACAAGGCUCAUUUUAGUGAAGCAAAUGUAACCUGGAUUUUCUCGUGUGACGUUGGCACUUACUGUCAAGCCCUUCAGAUAGCUGUUUGAUUUGGAAAGGUUAAAAGAUAUAGCAAGUCAACAUCUUCAAAGGAAGGAAGAGGUUUUUCCUACUGCAUUCUGGAUGCACCUGACUGUUGGAUACCUAUGGCUCAGAACUUGGUCUGGAGGUACUGACCAUUAUGUUUCUGGCUUGGACAUUCAAAUGGUAAGGCAUUCUGCUAAGAGAGUUUUCAAGACUUUCUUAUAAGCUGGUGUGAGAAGGCUUUGCACUGAAGUUUUCUGUUCCUGCAUCUGGUGAUACAAAUGAAAUGUUGAUUACAAAUGACUAAAUGAUUGCAGAUAACACAAAACCGGGAGAAGUGGAUGGUAUACCACAGGGUUGUGCUGCAAUCCAAAGGGACCUUGACAGGCUGGAAAAAUGUUCUGGCAGGAGCUUCAUAAACAUUAAGAAAGGUGACAUUACUAUAUACCGUUCUUCACAUGAGACACAGCUUGAAAUAUUGUGAUAAAAUGAGAUGCUUGCGGAAACGAUCAGCAGUGUCAUUCUUAGGAGUUCUUGUCAUUUGCUUGCUGUUCAUGAAUUUGUACAUUGAAGAUGGUUAUGUUUUGGAAGGGGACAAGCAAUUACUCAGAGAAACAGCCACUCACCAGCUCAACCCAGAGCGCUAUGUUCACACUUUUAAAGAUUUGUCUAAUUUCUCAGGAUCUAUAAACAUUUCAUAUCGCUACCUAGCUGGCACGCCUUUGCCAAGGAAAAGGUAUCUUACAAUUGGGCUAUCCUCUGUGAAACGGAAGAAAGGAAACUACUUGCUUGAGACCAUCAAGUCCAUAUUUGAGCAAUCAAGUUAUGAGGAACUCAAAGAAAUUGCAGUGGUAGUGCAACUGGCAGAUUUUGACUCAGCCUGGUGUGAAGCGAUGGUCCAGGAUAUUUCACAGAAAUUUGCACACCACAUAAUUGCAGGCAGAUUAAUAGUGAUUCACGUCCCUGAGGAGUAUUAUCCUGUACUGGAUGGUCUGAAAAGAAAUUACAAUGACCCAGAGGACCGUGUGAAGUUUCGAUCCAAACAAAAUGUAGAUUAUGCCUUUCUUCUUAACUUUUGUGCUAAUCUUUCUGACUAUUAUGUGAUGCUAGAAGAUGAUGUUCGGUGCUCAAAGAAUUUUUUUACUACUGUUAAGAAAGUAAUUACCUCACGAGAAGGGUCUUACUGGGUGACUUUGGAAUUCUCCAAACUGGGUUACAUUGGAAAGCUUUACCAUUCCCAUGACCUCCCACGCCUGGCCCAUUUUUUAUUGAUGUUCUACCAAGAAAUGCCUUGCGAUUGGCUGCUUAUCCACUUCCGUGGGCUGUUGGCUCAAAAGGAAGUGAUACGUUUUAAGCCAUCUCUGUUCCAGCACAUGGGAUACUACUCAUCUUACAAAGGAGCUGAAAACAAAUUAAAGGAUGAUGAUUUUGAAGAGGAAUCAUUUGAUAUCCCUGACAAUCCACCUGCAAACUUACACACCAACAUGAAUGUAUUUGAAAACUAUGAGGCAAGCAAGGCUUACAGCAGCAUUGACGAGUACUUCUGGGGCAAAGCUCCUUCUACUGGAGACUUCUACGGGAUUGUAUUUGAAAGGCCCAUUAAAGUCAGUAAAAUUAAAGUUGUCACUGGAACUGAAGACCGGCAAAAUGACAUUUUGCAUCAUGGAGCCCUGGAAGUAGGAGAAAAGAUUGUAGGAAGUAAAAAUGGGAGACAAUGCACCACCUACUUGAGAUUAGGGGAAUUCAAAAAUGGGAAUAUUGAAAUAACAGAUGUAGAGCACAAAGUCCUGUUUGAUAUUAACUGCAUGAGAAUACUUGUAACCAAAAGUCAAAAAGAAUGGCUGAUCAUUAGAAGCAUUAGCGUCUGGACUUCUCAAACACCAAAUCAAUAAAGUAAAGCCACCUGAGAAGGUACAGAAUGCAUACAGUCAUCUGGGUCCCAACUGGUGUCAUUCCCUAGAAAAACUGACAUUUCAAGCUCAUCACUAAAGACGCAAAAAAUCUGGGGAAAUCACAAAACAAGCAAAGCAAUUUAUUUUUUACUAGCUUGGCCAGGCAAUAUACAAACAUUUGUUGAAAUUUUUGAAUUUUAUAGGAAAUGCAAAGUUCUCAAACCUCACUUGAGAUCUUCAAACCCUUUUUUAUUAACAUUUCUCUGUGAGAGAGAUCAUUUGGACUAAACAGGACUAAACAAAACGUCCUAUAAUUACCAAAAGUUUUAAAGCUAUGACCAGUUUGUUGUGAAAAGAAAUAAGAUUGCACUUUAUGCAUAUAUAAAUUUAAAAUGUUGUGGUAGUAUGCAUUUGUACAAUAGCUGGUGAUGUGUUUCUUUUAAAGGCAGUUGUGACAAGGAAAUCUGCCCCGUAACUGGCAGUUUCAUUCUGAGCACUGUAAGAAAAUAGCGUGGCUAAUCAUUUUCAAAAGGGAAUGUAUGUAAAAUUAUAAAUCUGACAUGACAACUAUGUAUAAAAUACAUAAUUGCAUCUGUUA